UACUUUUUCAUAGUAGGGAUUGAGCAGUGACCGGGUUCAAGUUGAACCGAAGAGCGAAAGUGCAAGAAUCGUAAUAGACGCAAAUAUUUACCAAUCCACAAAUUGUUCUUUGACCGUAUUUCGUAAUGUCCGAUCUUGGAAGUGGAGAUGAAGGCAUCUCAGGAGGAUCAAAAUAUAAUGUUGCUAACAUGGAGGGUUCCUCAAGCAGAAACGAUUUCGAUUCUUCUGGCAAAGGUGGCGGUACAGUGGAACAGGAACUGGCUACGAAGAUGCUUCAAAUACAAUCGAAGCGAUUCUAUCUAGAUGUAAAACAAAAUCGGCGCGGUCGUUUUAUUAAAGUAGCAGAGAUUGGUGCUGAUGGCAGGCGAAGUCAAAUAUAUUUGGCCCUUUCAACUGCUGCCGAAUUUCGCGACCAUUUAUCAUCCUUUAGUGAUUACUAUGCAUCACUAGCUGGUCAAAACACAGGCCCUCCGAACACAGACAAUUUGCCGGAGGAUGGUAAAUUGAAGUCCGAGAUGAUGAUCAAAGAUUACAGAAGAUAUUAUUUGGAUCUGAAGGAGAAUGCCCGUGGACGUUUUCUUCGGGUAUCACAAACCAUAACAAGGGGUGGACCUCGAUCGCAAAUCGCACUACCAGCUCAGGGAAUGAUCGAGUUUCGAGAUGCGCUCACAGACUUACUGGAAGAGUUUGGUGCUAAUGAUGGAGGGUUUAAAGGAGAUUUGCCGGAAGAGCGUCAUAUGAAAGUCGAUAAUAAAAACUUUUACUUUGAUAUUGGACAAAAUAAUCGUGGAGUCUAUAUGCGGAUAAGUGAAGUGAAAAAUAAUUUUCGAACCUCAAUUACUAUCCCAGAGAAGUGCUGGAUACGCUUUCGUGAUAUUUUUAAUGAUUACUGCGACAAAAUGAAGAAAACGUCCGACCCAACCACUGCCGACAUUAAUCUACCGAUAUCUGCAAGUAGUCUUAAAUAAAGAGUUUUGGAGAAAAGCAAUUGUAAACGAUGAGUGCAAAAUUCUUGGCUCCUAACACACGCGAGAGCCUAUCAAAAGUGAAGCAAAUUAGUAAGCUUGCAAUGUUCAAAACAACUAAACCUUAAAAUAUGUGAAUGUUUCAGCUUCA